AGAAGUAAGUGCUUUCAGCCAUUCGUGUGGGGGACACUUGAGAAAUAAGACACCACACGUUUCCCUCUCCCUCUCUCUCCCCUCCUCUGCCUACUAAAAUCCCACCCUCGCUUCUCCUGUCUUCAUUCCCCUCGCUGCCUUCUCUCUCUUUCUCCCUCUGUUCUGCUAAAGUUUCCGCUGCAGGAGACGCUUCAAACCCCUCUUCACCAAACCAUCUAGAACCUUCUUCUACACAACAACAGAGCAGCUCUCCGUUCUGGUCCUGAGCUUUCUAUUCUGCUACCAAUGGCUGAGCUACCCAGCUCAGAGACUGGUACUUCCACCAACUGCUCUUCGCCUUCAUCGUCUCCUUCGUCUCCCUCGUCAUUAUCCAACUCUUCUUCUUCGUCGUCGUCGUGGUCGUCGUCGUCGUCUUCUUCUUCUCCUUCUCAACAGAAGAAGCUCAAGCGAGCCAGAGAUGAAAGUAACAAUAACAGCAAGCACCCUGUUUACAGAGGAGUACGAAUGCGAACAUGGGGCAAAUGGGUCUCUGAAAUCCGCGAACCCAGAAAGAAAAAUCGGAUCUGGCUCGGCACUUUCGCCACGCCGGAGAUGGCUGCCCGUGCCCACGACGUCGCCGCCCUCAGCAUUAAAGGAACCUCCGCCAUCCUCAACUUCCCCGAGCUCGCAGCUUCCCUGCCCCGACCCGCCUCUAAAUCGCCCCGAGAUGUUCAGGCCGCCGCCGCCAAAGCUGCUUCCAUGGAGAUACUCAACAUCAGUCCCAUCCCCACUUCCUCCUCGUCGUCGUCCUCUGCCCCGUCUUCUUCCUCGGGCGAUGUCCCCACCACCCCAGAGGAACUGGGCGAGAUAGUGCAGCUCCCGUCACUGGGCUCUAGCUUCCAAGAACCCGACCCGAAUAACGAGUUCGUGUUUUUCGACCCGGUAGAGGGGUGGUCCUAUCCUCAUCCAUGGUAUCACAGCCUUUAUGAUGAUGUUGAGAACAAGUUAUACUGUGGCGGGUAUUUCUCUGGGGAUCACAGUUCAAUGCAAGAAGAAGAAACAGAGGGUUUGAUUCUUUGUGGCUUUGAGGGCUCAUUGUGGCAACAUUAGAGUCAGUCAAAGAAUUGUUUGCUUGCUUCCCCCCCCCCCCCCGCUCUCCCCCUGAAUUAAAAUCCUUAAUGUCAGCCCUUUUUCAAUUUUUCUUUGAAGGGCCCAAUACGUUUCUUGUCUCUCAAGUUCCUAUCUUCUUUCUUCUUCUACCACUUUACUUUACUGGUCAUGUGCUUUGGAUCUAUCUAUGAAAGUUGCAGAGCUAGUUGAGGUUGCUAUUGGGAAUGAUCAGAGCUAAAAAUAUAUGAUUUUUGUUUGGUGGAAAGCAUAUAUUAUUACAAGUCUCUCAACAUGUAGUUUCUACUUUGUGAUGACAAAGAAUAAAGGGUUAAAGCUAGAUUCUUGUAUUACCAUUUUACAGCUCAUAUAACAUUAUAUUGACUGAUGGGUCCAUAAGAAUUGAUCAACAUGGUACAAAAAUUCCAAUUCUUUAUCACAAGGGUUUGGCGAACUCAGGCUUGGAUAAUGUUUCUGUAUAUGUGGCAGCUCUUCAAGCAAAGUUGGAAGCUUUUUGGAUAUGGAGAAUUGACCAUAGUGCUAAGAUACAGCUAGCUAUAUAGUGCUUUUUGGUUUUUUCUCUUUUGUUGGGUUACUGUGUUUCAGUGUAAAAAGGAAACUACAUGUUUGGUUAAUUAUGAAUUUAAAUAUAGAAAACAAUGUACUAAUGGAGUGAUUUUUCAUUUGGGAUCCAA